GGGGCUGGUGCGGUCACGGACACGGUUUGUUGGACACGGUGGCUGGACUCCACGCUCUGGGAGGCCUUCAGCCACGACGACUGUGUGACCCUAUCUGCGACCAUCCCACAGGGCACAACGAGUGACUCCUGCGUGGGGCAGCGGCUGCAGACCUCUGGCAGCUGGGUCGCUGCUGCUCUCUCUCCUGCCCUCUUUUGCUGGUGCAGCCUCUUGGAGCUGUUAGAAACGUUCCCCGUCGCCGGUGGCAGAGCGCCCAGCCGGGAGCGUGGCCGCUGCGGCUCCUGGGAGAUCCCCGUCGGAACGCAGGCUCUGGCGGCGGGGCCCCGCUCCCGGCCCCUCGGCGGCAGCCGCCGCGUGGGUGACGUGGAGGGAGCGGCUCGGCCCCGGCCCCGGCCCGGGCAGCCGCAGCGCCCGGAAAGGGAGAGGCGGGCGGAGCUGGGCCGGGCGCGGCGUCAGGCGGCCCGGAAGCGGCGGAGGGGGCCUGCCUGCCCGCGGUCGCUCGCCCGUGUCGCUUGGCUCUUGCUCGGCGAGGAGGCGAGCGGGGUGGGGGCAGGCGGCCGGGGCCAGCCCCUUGGGAAGAGGAAGGCUCUGGAGCAAGUCUGCCUCCGUCGCGCACUGGGGCAGGCCGCGGCGCUCGCUGCUGCGCACCAUGCCCGGCCGCUGACCAUGGCCGCGCCGCGGACCUUGCGCUCCUUGGAGAGGGACUGCGAAGCCAUGACCCUGCAGCAGCCGGCCCCGGCCCUCAGAGGGGGCGCCCCCCCGGCUCUCUACAUUCACAGCAUGCCCGCCUGGGUGCUGGAGGACUUCUGCCAGAAGAUGGACUGCCUGAGCGACUACGACUGGAUGCGCUUCGCCUCCUACGUGAUAACUGACCAGACAGAGCUGCGGAAGAUCAAGUGCAUGGAGAAGACAGGGAUCAGUAUCACCAGAGAGCUGAUGUGGUGGUGGGGAGUGAGGCUGGCGACGGUGCAGCAGCUGCUGGACCUGCUGCAGGGGCUGCAGCUCUACCGAGCGGCCCAGGUCAUUCUGGACUGGACAUCAGCCUCCAGCAGUACCAGCUCUGAAAAUGAGGAACUGGUGGAGCCCUCCAAACAGGAGCGCAUGUCUUUGAUGGCCACAGAAAUCAAAAAGAGAGAGAGAGAAAGCGAGCUCAGCCUGCUGCCUUCAGCAGGCACUUUGCUCCCGGGGGCGCCAUCAGCGGGCGUUGCAGGUGCUGUUGCAGAAGGAGCCUUGUGUUCACUCCCUUCUCCACCACCUCCCCCAAGAGACCUUUUGAAUUCCCUGCAAUCAAAUCCUCCUUUCUCAUCCAGUGUGAAGCCCUGCAGCUCCCCAAGCCCACAGCAGGAGACGAUGAUGGAGCUGCCCAGCGGGAGCCUCCUCUGGACCCAGAAGGAAGUUGCCGGUGCCACCAGCAGCUUCAGCGAGGAGAGCAGAAUUGGGGAAGGAGCUUUUGCAGACGUCUACAAGGGCCAGAGGAACAACGUGGUGUAUGCCAUCAAAAGACUCAAAGAGACAGAAUGCACAAGCCCAAGUGCCACCCAAAGAUUCUUCCACACAGAGGUGCAGAUCUGCUUUCGGUGUUGUCAUGUCAACAUUCUGCAGCUGCUGGGUUUCUCCAUAGAAACUGGACUGCACUGUCUGAUAUAUCCCUACCUGCCUAAUGGAUCCCUGCAAAACAAGCUCCAUGCUCAGGACAGCUCCGCUCCGCUGCCCUGGGAGGCACGAGUCAGCAUUGCAGCGGGGCUCCUCCGAGCUGUGCAGUACCUCCAUAACUUUGGAAUCCUUCAUGGCAACAUCAAGAGCUCAAAUGUCUUGCUGGAUGAAAACUUGACACCGAAGCUUGGACAUUCAGGUCUGAGGCUGCUUUCUGCUGAUAAGAAAUCCGAAUAUGCCGUGAUGAAAACCAAAGUGCUGCAGGGUUCUCUCACCUAUCUGCCAGAAGAUGUCGUCAGGCAUGGGCAGCUGGCAGACAGGGUGGAUGUGUUCAGCUGUGGUGUGGUCUUGGCAGAGAUGCUGACAGGGAUGAAGGCUCUGGAUGAAGGGAGACACCCUGCUUACCUGAAGGACUUGAUUGCUGAUGAAAUUCAGGUGGCCAAAGAAAGCUGCUGCUCCAAAGGAAAACCUUUUGAUAAGCUGGCUGCCAAGGAAAUCUGCUGUAAAUACCUGGACACCAGAGUAGGACACCUGCUGGAAGAGGCUGCUGUUGACUUUGCCUCAGCCAUCUGCCUCUGUCUGAGAAAGAAGAAUCCCAGCAUAGCAGAGGCCCUUGGCGUGGUGGGAACGGCAGAGAAGAGGCUCAGAGAGCACUGCCUCUGUGGGGGCAGUGCCUCUGGCUUCUCCAUCAACACCCCGGAAGAAACUGAUGACGAGACAAGCAGCAUGAGCAGGGAGAUGCCCUCUGCAGGGGGCAGUAAGGAGGGCAGCAAGCAGCCCCUGGCGCUGAGCAGUGCCCCUCCGUGCCUGCUGCUGCUGGCAGCUGUGUCCCCUGACACCUACUGCGAGCAGAUGUCACGGGUCCCCUGCGAGUCAGAUGAGUCCAGCAGCUUCAUCUGGAACCCUUCAGACAGAUCUGCAGAAGAGCUACCCAGCAGCAGCUGCAGCACCUCGGAGAAGGCAGCAGCCUCUGACGCUGGGGUCAGGCAGGACAAAGCCACAAAUGGACUCCAGCAGAGGAGUGAAGCCUGCAGCAGGAGCGAGGAGGCUGCAGCCCCCAGCAGCAUUCCAGCAGACAGCACAGAUCUGCAGCCACCCUGUGCUCAAGCAUUACCCAGAGAGACGUCUUGGAAAAUAAAGAUCAAUGAUCAAAAGAGGAAGCUCAUGGAAAAUAUUUUGCUCUAUGAAGAAGACAAACUGAGCAGUUCUGAACUCUUUGACUCCUAACUGGAUGGAUCCCUUAGACAUGACCAGCUCAGGAGUGUCCCUUCAUCGGAGAGAUGGCAGAGGUGCACCUUGCCUGUGAGCAACAGAUCUGGAUCAGAAACAUCAGCCCUGACUGAGCAAAACAAAAGUGAUCAACCCCAGAAGAAAUAGGAAAUACUUCUGCAGCAGAGGCAUAGUGCCACUGGCAGCAGCAGUGCCACCUCCUGCCCACCUGCAGAGGUGGCAAGCAGCUGCCAGAGCAGCUGGGGGUACUUUUGCAGUGUUGCAGCACAUCUACAUCUAACCUGUCUGCUGGGAGCAGGCUGAGGCAGCAGCAAGCAGCACCACUGGACAGGCCGGCAGGACCCUCCUGAGGCUGGAGCCCACCCUGUUCCGUGGCCUCUUAGUCCACAGUCUCAAACACUGCUUUACCAGAGGGGAUCUCUGUGCGAGUUCUCAGGUGUUCUGCAUGCCUCAGUCGCAGCUUGAGCUGCGCUGAGCAGAGCUGUAGGUGACUCACUGAAGCCAGGGCAGUCUGCUCCACUAGGUACAGACGCAGCACAGCUGAGCCUGGCCGAGGCUCACUGCCAGCAGCUCCCAGGCACUGCUGAAGAGUCCUUCUGGAAGUUAAUUUCUCCUCGUUGUCCUUGAGGCGUCACUGCGGCUUCUCACAGAGGGUUCUCAUUGUGGUUCAUGAUGUAGCUGUUGUACAAGACUUUAAUUUAAAAUCUCUUGCAUUUUGUUGGAGGCCCCUCCAAGGCUUUGUUGUAGUUAGUUGGCAGGGGGUGGAGGAGCUCCUUAGUUCUCAGUGAGGACCUUACUUCUCACCCUUACUGUUGUGACUAUUUCUUGUCUGUAGCAUUGCUGCUGGGCCCCACUCGUGUGCGGUCCAAGGGCAGGCAGCAGCAAGCUGUCAGACAGGGCCCUGCUGCCUCCUCAGCACAGGUAGUAGGGCCUGGUACACAGGAAUGGCUAAACCCCAGUGCAGUGCAGGCAGUUCUGGCUUUACUUUGGCCAGUGCCUCGCUCAUUGCAGCUGCUCUCAGGAGGAAGUAAAGGGCUGUUAACUGAAGAGCAUUGGAGUCAUCUGUACAUCUAGCACUCAGAUCUCUACACUAAGGCCUGUUAAAAGCCCUUCACCAUAAGUGCCUUGGAUGCUGCCUGCUAGUGUCAGUCCUUGUAUUUCACCAGACUCAAACCAAGAAACCCUUGGCACUGACACAGGAGACACUGAGAGUAUCUGGAGUGGCCCAGAACUGCUUUGUUCUCCAGGAGAUUGCACAGAGAUCUCCAUCACUCUUCCAGUGCUGGAACUUUACAUUAAGGAACCUGGAACAGCUGUGGGGAAUUCCUGGGGUCUCCUGCAGGGAGCAGUGCACCCAGACAGCCUCAGGGUUUGAAGCGGAAGGACACAGGUCAGACAGUUCACACAAAUGCUUGACAGGUUUUGUUCUCCUCCAGCUCCAGCCUGAAAGGGUUUCUCUUUGCCUUGUUCCGUGGUCGUGUGAAAGCACCCUGAGGUGAAAGCCAUGGGCCUGCUGAGUUCCAGCAGCACAGGAGGUGACCCUGUGCACUCUUCCAACUCUGCUGCACAGCUUGGCUAGCCAGGAGGAUGCAUCCUCUAACCCCUCCCUGGCAAACAUCACCAUUUACUAACACCUUUGUGAAUAAAACCCCUGGAAACCAA